CAUUUAAGUUUUGAAAGACUGAGGGGGCAUGAGGCUUUUGAUUUGCAUGGGCACAGAUUUGCAUUUGUUACACUGCUAUGAUCAUUCUGCUUCUGUACAUAUCUAAAGGGCUUUGAUUUCAAGAGUCCCUGCAGCAAUUUUCACAUUCUUUUGAAUCUCACAAGAUGACAACAGUGAGAGGAUUUUGCUCUUUGAUCACAACACCUGGACGUCUCCCACAAAUCAAAUGACAGCAAGACUUCCGGUGGAUUUGAUAUAUCCUACAGAUGGGAGGAUUCUUCUGAGUGAGCUUCAGCUGUCUGACUCAUCUUAAAGUGAUUCUUGAGCAAUUUUCAGAGACUGAUAAAAGAGUCUUGAGGUUUGCUGUAGACAUGUAAUGCACUUACAUUCAACACUUGGCAAACUUUAGUUGUUUGACGUGUUCUGAUUGCAAAAUAAAUGUCCUGUUAGCUAUUUAAAAAAACCCAUACUGUAUGUCAUGAGCAAAAGUAUUUAUUUCAUCUUUACAAUACAAUCUGUGAUUAAUACAAGAGAUACAUUUAGGAUUAUUAAGCGAUGAAAGUGAAGCAUUAUGUUCCUCUGAAUCUAAUUUCUUUACCUAAUCUAUUUCAGCACAAUCGAAAGCAUUUUAUUUGGAUUUCCUUCUCAAAGGGACCAUAGCGUGACUGUCAGUUUCAGACAGUCGUAUCCUUUCCUUGACACAAGCACCAAACUUUUCUGGUUAAUGCAACAGGAUGAAGCACUCUCAAGGUUUUCAGAUGUGGCACAAAAUGAGCCUCACACGGAGGAAUUAGUGUUUACCAUAAACAUGAAGAAGCAUGGCACAUGUUUUUUGUAAAAAGUUGCUUUCAUUAUUAUUUGGUUCCUCUGGUUUCCUUGUUUCUGCUCAACACGCACAGAUACCCACAGUGCUUCAGUUAUCCAUUAUUAAUUUUCCAUUAGAGAUUGUUGUUUUGUCCAUAAACAUCAUGCCAGUUGCUAUAAAGCAUUCUUAUGUUGCUGGUAGAACCAAUUACAUUUCUCAACAAUGUCAUCUGUACCUGGAAUGUUGCAGUACAGGCUCAGAACAGGCUAUACCAGUAACAGCUCUGAUGUCUCUCACUUCUCGAAGUGAACACACAGAAGUGCUUUCGCUAAGAACCUGUAGACAUGUCUCAAAGUAAACCUGAGGAGCGUCUUGCUUUGGAGUUGAGCUGUCCAAUCUGUUUGCAGCUGUACCGUGAUCCUGUAGCCCUUCCUUGUGGACACAAUUACUGCCUGGGUUGUAUACAAAAUGCUGCCCACGCAGAAGAUCCCAAGUCCCCAAAACGUUGUCCGGAGUGCAGGGAAGAGUACGGCAGUCCGGAGAUGCUUCCAAAGAACUUCAAGCUCAGCGGUAUCGUGGAUGGGUUCCUGGCAGCCACUUCAGGUGGUGGAUUGAGAGGAGGCCCAACGGUGCCAUGUGACCAAUGCCUGGAUGAUCCAGUGGCUGCGGUGAAAUUCUGCACACACUGUGAAAUGUCACUGUGCCCCGGCCACCUCAAGAGACACGAGGAACGACACCGAUCGGUACACGUCUUAGUGGAGCUGCCCAUAGAACGGAGUGGGAAGAGGUGCCCGGUGCACUUGAAGGUGACGGAGUACCUGUGCGCACAGGAGCGACUGUUCCUCUGCUCCGAGUGCCUGAUGGAGGGCACUCACCAGCACCACGAGGUGCAGACGUUCGAGGUGGCAAAGGGGGAAAUGACGAGAAUUCUUGAAGAACUGGGGAAGUCUGUGUCCGACAAGCUACAGAUGACAGAAGCUUUCCUGAAAAGCGCCAGCGAAGGACCUACGGACAAGGCCGAAGAUAAACUGGUGGCCAGGGCAAACAUACUGCUGGAAAACAUGACUUCACUUAUAAGUUCAUACAAGAGUCGUAUGAGCACCAUGAUGGACGACAAGCUUCAUUCGCGGGACAAAAGCUGGCAGGCCAGUCUAUGCGAUUUGGAGGGUUGUCUACACCAGCUGCAAGAAGCCCAGCAGUGCACCAGUGAUGUUCUCAAUCAAUCCUCAGAGUUUCUCUUCAUUCAGAACUACCUCAGCGUUGAAGCAAGGGUCCGCCAGGCUGCUAAUGUCACCAUUCCUGCCCUACCUUCCCAAGAGCCCUCCAAUGCCAAGCACCUGCGCUCUACCCUACGUACAGAUGCCUUCCACACCGAGAUGAGUCUUCUGUUGGAGUGCCUCCAUGGCAUAAUGAACCCUCUAGACCUGACCUUCAACCCAGCCACGGCCAAUCCCAGCCUUCUGCUGUCCACCGAUCUCAGGACAGUCAAGCAGUGUGCUGGAGUUAAGAGCAGUAGCUCUGGAGAUCAGAAUGAGCGCUUCUCCUCGGCCAGUCAGGUCAUGUGCACGCAGGGUUUCUCCACGGGAGCUCACAUGUGGGUGGUGGAGGUCGGCCCCGGGUGUGCGUGGUCUGCGGGACUGUGCUAUAAAAGCAUUCCACGUAAAGGUGACCACAGCAGGCUGGGGCAUAACACCAGCUCUUGGAGGUUGCAGUGGAAAAGCAAGAAGUUGACGGCGUGCCAUGACUCGGUUAAUGUGGCCGUAGGUGACGGGCUGGUCAUGCCGCCAAAGAAGGUUGAAGUGACCCUGGAUUACGAAGGUGGAACUAUUGCCUUCCACAGCUCAGGUCAAGGAGGCCGAAAGCAGCAUCUUCAUACAUUCAGUGCCGUGUUCAAGGACACGGUGUAUCCUGCGUUUGGGCUACACUCUACCUCAGAAGAUUCAUGGAUAACUCUUUUGAGUGGAGUUUGACAGACACAAACAUGCUUUCAUUUUUACUUUAUGUAACAUUCUUCUAUUCUGCUUCAUUCUCUUUGUUUUUUCAACAUUCUUUGUGCAUUAUUAAGCCUAAACAUACCCCUGGAAAGAAUAGCCUUGGUAUAGUCCAGGAAUGUAAUGCAUAUUGUAUUUACUAAAGAAAAACACUUUUUAACACUUUUUAACAACAUAGUAGUUCUUGAUAUAGUUAGUUUGAGUGUUAAAAAAAGGUAGCACUUUUGUUUAGGGUCCAAUUCUGACUAUUAACUAGUUGCUUAUUAGCAUGCAUAUUACUAGGAUAUUGGCUGUUUAUUAGUACUUAUAAAGUAUAUUAUUGUCUUAUUCUGCAUGACCAUAUUCUAAAUCCCUUAAUCAUGCCCAAUGCCUAAACUGAACAACUACCUUAUUAAUAACUAUUACUACCUUACAAAUAAUCAGUAAUUGGGAGUUUAUUAAGACAAAAGUCGUAGUUAAUAGUUAGUUAAUAGUGAUAAUUGAACCCUAAUCUAAAAUGUGACAAAAAAAAAAAAAAUACAAAUAACACAUACGAUAAUCAAGCAAGAUAAACAUUUUUUUGGACAUGGCUUGAAAAUUUGAGAGGACACGUGUCCCCUCGGUUUGAUUGGGCAUGAUGCUACACGUAAAACAGCUAUAUAUAUGAGCAAAGCAGUCAUAAUUACAAAUUGACUCUUUACUGACUGACUUAUUUUAAACUGUAAAUGCAAUGUUUGUACAACAUCUAUAAAUACUGCUGUACACCUAAAAACAGAAGAAACUGAAUGGGUUUUGUUUGGAUAUUACUCAGAAGUCUAGUUUCUUUGGCCUUUGAAGAAAAGAGAUUGUAAAUAAAGUAACACCAUAGACAGUGUGUUUUAUCCAGAGCUCAACUCUUUCCGUGUCUGGGAAAGAAAAAAUCAAAUUCAGAUGCUCUUAAAGAAACAGAGCAUGAAUAUUACCAGUGAGUUUCAUAACAUCUCAGGUGUAUUUUUGCUUGUAGUUUCACUUAAACUAAUGGGAAUAUGUAGUGACAGGAACGACACCCAGAAUGCGAGCUAUGCGUGUGAACGAGUACAUUAACACACAUGAUACAUAACAGCAUUCUUCAGGGCCAUAUUAGAACAUUUCCAGAUUAGAUUAAGUUUUAUUAAAUAUGUUAAAACACCUGCAGCAAAGUUCUUUAUGGUCUGUAGCUUUCACAUAAAAAGAAAUGUACAUCAUCUUGUCCUGUAAAACAAGAAAUACUUGUUCACACCUUCCUUGUCACACUACUGAAACAGCUUUGUCUGUACUGACAUAAUUUCCUGUAAAAAAUAGUCUCUCUGCAUUUUUCUCUAAAUAAUUUGGCAAUAAAUCUCAAUAUAUGUAGAGAGUAUGUUACAUCUAGACAUUAUGUAUAGUACUGUGCUCACUCUGAUCUCCAGAGCUACUGCUCUUACAGUAUGCAGAGUGUAUAGUGUUUAAAUGUGUUAUGAAUGUGCUGAUUACUUAAUUGCUGCAUGACUGUGCCUUUGCUUUUAGACUUUUAUGAUUAUUUAAACUCAUUUGGUCUGCUAAACCAGUUUUUUCUUUCUUUCUUUUUUUGCAUUUCACUGGAGCUGAUCAUUCACAUUGUGUUUGGUUUUAUGAUACAGUUUUAGUUAAAUUUUAAAUCACUUAAAUGGCUUUGACUUAUAAAUUAGUUAAUUCUGUACAUUUGUUGUUGUUGUUGUUUAUUAAAUGAUAAUACAGUAUGGCUUUAUUUUAUCUACAACAGCACCAUCUACAGGUUAGAGCCAACUAUUUGUUCUUGAUACUCUAAAUAAAAUUGCAACAAAUUCAGUUAUCCUCACUUGCACUGUUUACAGUAUAAAUUCAAACAUUAAAUUAAUAAAGGAAUAAUCAGUGUGAAGUGUUUCUUUA